AUGACGAGACAGGAGUCCCUGCCAAUCCAGCGGUCGUUUGCCCAGUUGCAGCCUCGACGCAGCUCUAGAGACCUCCAGCUUCCCGAGACUCUCGCUGGGGUUUCUAUUCGUGUUCCAGACCACCAAGGCCAGAAUUUCGUAGACACAAAGACCGACGAUCCCGUCUUCGAGGCCGUUGCUGCCACGGCUCAACUAGGGAUCGAUAUAUUGCACAGCUCCACGGGGUUCCGGGGUCUCAUGGCCAUUGGCAAGCAGACGAUUGACGAUACCCUUCUCGUGAAUCCCAAUCAACGCUGCCGAGAUGCCAAAAACCUCGAGCAACAUGCCAAACACUACCUCAAGCGCAUCACGGAAGAAUUUCCCGUCCUCCUAGUCUACGAUAUGCGAGCAGCAACGAAUGGAAGAACCAACAAAGGCCUGUGGGAGGUCCCUCGGGACAGGUUGUUUUCUCCUCAUCAUGCCGCCGCCAUUGAGAUUCACCGUGCUCUCGUGGACCGUCUACUAGACGCCAGAAUGGCAGUCCUGCUUGACAAGGAGGAUCAGCGUGCAUGGGAUAGAUUCUACACACUAGGGUUUAGAAUCGGCGCUACCAUCGCCCAUGAGCUGUGCCACGUGUUUACAAGCUUUCUUCUUUACGAUCACACUGUACAUACACCACCGGGUGUGACUUACGACAAAUGGGGGACCACAGAGGUAGGCGAGUCCGGGCGGUGGUGGGAGUCUUUGACUUUUGGAGGCGCCGUCGACAUGCGACAAGGAUCUUGGAUGGAACGAGUAGGUCUCAAGUUGUCCGGGGGCAGGAGAACCUUUGUCGUCAACCCCCCCUCUUUCAAGGCCAUAGCACGCAGAGACUUUAGUGUUCUCCCGCUGGCUGAUAAAGACUGCAGCACCAAGGGAGCCGAGCCACACAUAAUAGAUACCGACUCUUGGCUGACAAAGUACCGCGACAUCUACGGAGCUUACAGCGACAACGACAACAACAACGGCCGGCCCGAGCGGCUCCCCAGACACAUCCUUGACCGUGCCAUGUCUGGGGCUGGUGAAUUUACCAAGCUGUCGGCUGACAGGUUGCGGGACUGGACGCUUGGUGUCAAUAAGGGAGUUGGUGGAAAGACCAGCUGGUCUUGCACAUUGUAG